AUGGUCAAGGGAAAAUCGAAAUCAGGCGAUGGAGACGACAGCUUUAGCACUCUAGGCGCUGCAGAUGAUUCUUCAGUCGGUGCUGAUGGCUCUUUCAAUAGCGCAAGACAGCGUUCAGGUUCUGCAACACAAGCUUCUUCCGCCACUUCCGCAUCUUCACGCAGUAGGCCAAAGAGCGGCCUCUCAGCUUCACAAUCUGAUGAUCCCCACGGAGGUAGAGCGUCGCCCGUAAAGAUUGAAAAGAGUGGUGGUUUGAGCAAGCAUGAAAGUCCACUUCCAUCCCCCUCGAAUUCUACAACUGCUUUGAACGGAGGCGGAGAAGGUGAUGGCUUCAACGGAGCGGGUGGAGAAUCUACAAGUCCUCAAAAUCAAUUCUCCUCUUCUUUACAGAGCGGAACGUCACCAGCAGCACAAGCCGCAGCACAGGCUGCACAAUCAUCUCCACCCGGCAUACCCACAACGCAAACCAUCUUGGCCAACACCGGUGGUGCCAGUGGUAGCGGCAGUCAAGGAAGACCAUGGAGCGCAGGAAAUGGAUCCAGUAACGGACAAGGCGGUAACGCAGCACAGGCAGGAAACUCGUCAGGCGAUGCUGUACGCACGUUUGAUAUCGAUGAUAUGAUUGCACGUUUGUUGGAAGCAGGAUAUUCUACCUCAAAGCUACCCAAGCCAGCCCUGAAAAAUGCAGAGAUUACUGCAGUCUGUACAGCUGCGCGUGAAGUCUUUCUUUCGCAGCCAACUUUGAUUGAAUUGUCACCACCAGUCAAGAUUGUUGGAGAUACGCAUGGUCAAUAUCAAGAUCUUUUGCGUUUAUUCGAAAUGUGCGGAUACCCACCACAGAGCAAUUACCUCUUCCUUGGCGAUUACGUUGAUCGUGGAAAGCAAAGUUUAGAGACGAUUCUUUUGUUGCUGUGCUACAAGAUUAAAUAUCCAGAAAACUUCUUUUUACUUCGUGGAAAUCACGAAUGUGCUAAUGUGACCCGUGUUUACGGAUUCUAUGAUGAAUGCAAGAGACGGGUCAAUAUCAAGAUCUGGAAGACGUUUAUUGACGUUUUCAACACUUUACCAAUCGCAGCUGUCGUUGCUUCCAAGAUUUUCUGUGUACAUGGCGGACUGAGCCCUUCCCUGUCGAACAUGGACGACAUCAGAAGGAUUGAAAGGCCGACCGAUGUUCCGGACUAUGGACUACUGAACGACCUUCUCUGGUCUGACCCAAGUGAUACUGCACUCGAUUGGGAGGAUAACGAAAGAGGUGUGAGUUAUUGUUUCGGAAAAGCAGUAAUUCAGCAAUUCCUGGCACAGUACGAUUUCGACCUGAUCUGUCGAGCCCAUAUGGUGGUGGAAGAUGGAUAUGAAUUCUGGAACGAACGUACACUGGUGACUAUUUUCAGUGCACCAAACUACUGUGGGGAAUUCGACAACUUUGGUGCAGUGAUGAGCGUAUCAGAAGAUCUUCUAUGUGCUUUUGAGCUCUUGAAACCACUGGACGGAGCCGCAUUGAAGAAAGAGAUGGCCAAGAACAAAAGACGGCGGUGA